UUAAUAAUAUCUAUAUAUAUACAUGUAUGGAUUUACAAACAUGUAAAAUAUUGAAUUAUCUUUUGUGUGUGUACAAUUAUAUCAUGUAACAUGAUACUUCAAAUAUUGAACAAGUUUUGGCUUUUGAAUCAGUUGUUGACUUUGUAAACAUUUUAUAUCAGUGGAUAGACUAGACGGAAGUUCAUUUGUUAGAUAAGAAAUAUUUACUAAACUUUGUGUAUUUAAAAUAUCACAGCAUAAGCAGGAUAAAUGGUGAAUAAUGGCUGUUCCUGGUAAAAAGGCAUCUCAGAAAUUCUCAUCUACACUAUCUCAAGGUGGUGCUGAAGAUUUUGACAUUUAUUGUGAAAUAUGUGACAGAGCUGAUAUAAGGCUUCCUGCCUUUGGUUACUGUGUAGAUUGUGAGGAACACUUAUGCCAGUCUUGUUUCAACACUCAUAGGCUACCAAGACCACUAUGCCAUCACCAACUCUUAGAUAAAGAUCACAUGCCACAACAACAAAAACUCCAUAGAUCAUCGAAAUUCAUUUCCAGUCCACAGACUGGUGAUUUAACAAAGCCUUGUACUAAACACACCAAAGAAGUGAUCAAAUUCUACUGUCAUGACCAUAAUGCUCUUAUAUGUAGUGUUUGUGUGACCCUUGAACACACACCAACAUCCUGUCAUGUGGACUACAUACCUGAUAUAUCAGGGCAGACUUUAGACAGCACUGAGUUCAAGGAAGCUCUGAAAGAUAUUGAUAAAUUGAUAAACAAAUGCUCUCAGAUGACAAGUGACCUGAAACAAAGAGUUGCUAAAUCAACAACUUCUCUGAACGAUGCUAUAGCAGAAAUUGACAAAUUCAGAAAAGAGAUAAACAAGAGAUUAGAUGAACUAGAAAAGGAGGUUAAAGAUACUACAAUAACAAUCCAACUUGACAACAACAAAAAGAUGAAAACAACAGAAACAACAUGUGAUGACAUCAACAAAUCACUUCAAGCAUCAGCUGAUACUCUGAAACAUCUCAAUUCAAACAAGAAAACUGACCAAUUGUUUGCUGAACUUAAGAGAGCUCAGCAACUUAUUCAAAAUAAUAGUAAUAUAAUAUCACAACUACAAACACUCAAUGACAUUGAUGAGUACAUCUUUGAACCAAAUCAAGGUAUCAAGAAAGUCCUUCAGGAUGAUAAAUCAUUAGGAACAUUGAGCAGUAAGAAAAGGAAACACACAGAUGAACCAAAGAAUCCAACUGCAGUAGGAAUGAAGUUGUCUACUCCUAUAAAAUAUAUCAAUGCUAAAUCAUCCUCAGAUAAAAGUAAUUGCCGGAUUUCUGGUAUAGCUGUUUAUCCUCAACAUCAAUUAUUUGCAGCAGAUUUCAAAAAUCAAUCUAUUAAAAUGAUAGACAGUAUAAAUGGAGAUGUCAAACAAUUAAAGCUUGACUCGAAACCCUGGGAUAUCACCAUAGUCACCACAGAUUCAUUUGCUGUUACAUUACCAGAUAGUAAAACAAUACAGUUCAUUUCUUUCUCCCCAGACUCACUCUCACUGAAGAACAAACUGAAGGUAGAUGGAGAGUGUCAUGGUAUCAGUCAUCAUCAGGGAAAACUUGCAGUCACAUUUAUAGAACCUGGUAAACUCCAAAUCAUGAACUUGAAAGGUAAUGCUAAAAUUACAGUUGAUAAAGAUUCCAAUGGUGGCAAUAUAUUCAGUCAUCCUUGGUAUGUCACAACAAACAGUCAUUCAAUCUAUGUAUCUGACUAUUACAAACCUGCAGUUCUACGAUUUAACUGGCAGGGAGAGAUGAUAGGAUCAGUAGGAAUUAAAGGACCCAGUGGUAUAACACUGUUAGAUGAUGGGUCUCUUUUAGUGAAUGGUUACACAAGUGAUUGUAUACAUAGAGUAAGUGGUGACUGUAAAGACAGUAAAAUUAUACUUGAGGAUAUAGAUAGACCUUAUGCUGCAUGUUGGUGUGCUGAAACUAGUACACUUUGUAUGAGUAGAAGAAACAUUGGCAGUGAUGACAGUGAUAGCAAUUAUAUCAAAUUAUAUAAAAUGAUGUAAAGGACAUGACAAUAUAUGACAUGACAAUAACAAUUGUAUAAGUGCAUCAGAUCAUCAUCAUUCGUUCAAUACAUUACUAUAAAAAAAUUAUUGAAACAUUAUAAAUCACAUAUAACUUUAGUUUUGUUGAUCUAUAGAUGAACAUACAUAUUGUUAUAGUGUAAAGGUGAAGAUAUGUUUCAUUGAUCAUUGUUUUUUAGAAAAAUCAAAGAGAGAGAAAAUAAUAGUGGGACUGAAGCAAGAGUUUUAUUUUUUUUUUACUAUAAUCAACCAUGUAUCUUAUAUUGGUCAAUCCCUUGAAUAGUUUGCUACAUAGAAAAAAUUGAAGGUAAGAAACACUUGGACAGUAUAUAUAUGAUAUAAAUGUCACAUGUUUUUCCCCUCUGCUUAUCUUAUAAAUGUAUCUAUAUUAUAUAUAUAAAUUAUAAUAGCUCAUGAGAUGGUUUGUAAAUUUUAUGCAAUAUAAAGUUAAACAUUUUAAAGCAUAUUUUUAACUUGAAAUGUUAUUAAUUGUGACUCUAAUCACUAUAUUUUUUCAUUUGACAUA